GCCAUGGCAACCGAGAGAGCCGGGAGACCUGGGUUCCGGAAGCCGAGGAGCUGGAGCUCUGAAGCCACCCUGAUCAAAGGAUGCUGAGUCCGGAGCGCCUAGCCCUACCGGACUACGAGUAUCUGGACGGAGAAACUGAGGCUGAAGAGAUAACUUACACAAAGCCACACCGCUAGGAAAUGCCCAGCGACAUGUCCUCACAUACGUGGAGGAUGCAGUCUGCCAGCUGCUAGAGAACAAGGAAGAUAUUAGCCAAUAUGGCAUUGCCAGAUUCUUCACAGAAUACUAACAGGUGCGGCUCUGAUCAGCAUGGUGUGCGUACGCAUGCGUGCUCAGUCAUAUCCGACUCUUCGCCACCCUAUGGACUGUAGCCCGUCAGGCUCCUCUGUCCACGGGAUUCUCCAGGCAAGAAUACUAGAGUGGGUUGCCAUUUCCUUCUCCAGUAUCUGACUUUAUGUAUUGAUGAUUCAUUUUCAUUUUUAACAGUGUAUGUCAGGGAACUCAUAUUCUUUUCCGGGAAUUCAGCUUCAUCCAAGCCACCCCUCACAACAGGGCAUCAUUCCUACGCGCCUUCUGGAGAUGCUUCCGAACCGUAGGCAAAAAUGGCGGUGAGGAAGCGAAGCUCACUGAUCUUAUGUGACACGUCUACGAUCACGAGCAGCCAGCAACAGGACUCCACCUUUGUGUCUGCAAGGCCCCUGCUUUCUGCAAGUCCCAGGCUAAUCACUGUGUCCUGUGGCAUCUCAGCAUCACUCACCGGAAAUUUGCUGACCAUGAGGGAAUAUCACUGCUUGCUGCAAUUACUGUGCCCGGAUUUCCCCCUGGAGCUCACUCAGAAGGCCGCCAGGAUCGUGCUCAUGGACGAUGCCAUGGACUGCUUGAUGUCUUUCUCAGAUUUCCUUUUUGCCUUCCAGAUCCAGUUUUACUACUCAGAGUUCCUGGAGAGCGUGGCCGCCAUCUAUCAGGACCUGCUGUCAGGCAAGAACCCCAACACGGUGAUCGUGCCCACAUCAUCCAGUGGGCAGCACCGCCAGCGGCCUUCCACGGGUGAGGCGGGCACCCCAGAGGGCGUGGAGGCCUCGCUGUUCUACCAGUGCCUGGAGAACCUGUGUGACCGGCACAAGUACAGCUGCCCACCCCCGGCGCUGGUCAAAGAGGUCCUCAGCAACGUUCAGAGACUGACCUUCUACGGCUUCCUCGUGGCCCUCUCAAAGCAUCACGGGAUCAACCAAGCCCUAGGAGCCUUACCCGACAAAGGGGACCUGAUGCACGACCCAGCCAUGGACGAGGAACUGGAGCGGCUGCUGGCACAGAUCCCAGGCCUGGUCACCUCGGUCACUGCCGGUCCAGAGGCCAGCUACCUGCCUCCCCGGACCCCUCCCCGGGUUGGCUCCCCCUGGAGACCCCUCCAUCAAGCCCGCAAAGUGGAUGCAGAGCGCGACGGCUCCACUGAAGAGACAGACGAGCCCGAGACCUGACGAGUCUGAAGGGUCCUGUCUACAGCACAGAACCCAGCCCUGCGCCCAGUUCCCAGCUCCCCACCCGCUCACCUCCCCACCCCCGGAGCCCCAGGCAUCUCUCCUCCCACUCCCUGCGCCAGGCUGCCCUCCACUGGUGAGAAGGCCAAGUGACAACCCCAGCCCAGAGACCCGCCAGAGAGGUGCUGAUGAGCAGCCAAGCUACACAGUGACCCUAGAAAGUAAGCUACGCAGUGACCCUAGAAAGUUAACAGCCGACUUUCUCCCGUCAGCCUGCCUUUCACCAGGCCCCAAGCUGACGGCGGAUUGAGCUGAGGUCACGGGAAGGGUGACUGGGUUUUACCCUUUUGCUGACCAUCCCCAUCUCCUCACAGCAAUCCCAGGACCCAUGCAGUGCCUUGCAUGGUCAAGGGUGACACCCAGUGAUGCGGGUAUUAGGUUAUAGCCAUGGUAACCUUCUUCUGGAGGACUGGCCAUAAGAUGGAGGGUGGGCAAAAAGAAAUUUCAGAAACCGCUUCAAGUCUCCUCUGUGUCUAAUAGUUAAAUAUGUGAAACAAAUAAAGCCCCUUGUGUCUGGUAA